CCGAGUUAUCCUGCCCGUGUCUGUGGAGGAGUAUCAAGUGGGGCAGCUGUAUUCUGUGGCAGAAGCCAGUAAAAAUGAAACUGGUGGAGGGGAAGGAGUGGAAGUCCUGGUGAACGAGCCCUACGAGAGGGAUGGAGAGCGUGGGCAGUACACACACAAGAUCUACCACCUACAGAGCAAAGUGCCAACAUUUGUGAGAAUGCUGGCCCCUGAAGGAGCUCUGAAUAUCCAUGAAAAAGCAUGGAAUGCCUAUCCCUACUGCAGAACUGUUAUUACAAAUGAGUAUAUGAAGGAUGACUUCCUGAUCAAAAUUGAAACCUGGCAUAAAUCAGAUCUUGGAACACAAGAGAAUGUGCAUAAACUGGAGCCAGAGGUAUGGAAGAGUGUAGAAGCCAUUUAUAUAGACAUUGCUGACAGGAGCCAAGUACUGCCCAAGGAUUACAAGGCAGAAGAAGAUCCAGCAAGGUUUAAAUCUGUCAAGACUGGACGUGGACCUCUGGGUCCCAACUGGAAGAAGGACCUGGGGAAGCAGUCAGAUUGUCCAUACAUGUGUGCUUACAAGCUGGUAACAGUCAAGUUCAAGUGGUGGGGUCUGCAAAAUAAAGUGGAGAACUUUAUACAGAAGCAAGAAAAGAGGCUCUUCACAAACUUCCACCGGCAGCUCUUUUGCUGGCUCGAUAAGUGGGUUGAUCUGACUAUGGAGGACAUCCGUAGGAUGGAGGAGGAGACCAAGAGACAGCUGGAUGAGAUGAGAGAAAAAGAUCCAGUGAAAGGAAUGUCGGCUGCAGAUGACUAAUGUGACUCCUUCCUUGUGCACUUUUGCAAGACAGUCAUCAGGAAGGCCCAGGGAAUGCACACCCUUGACUGAUGGACCAUCUCUGGAUCAAGCCUUUCUCUGUCCAGCUGGCAGGCGAUUUUAAACCUCCCAUAGCUAAUUCUAGAUGCCCCUUAAUAUUGUGAGCAAAUAGACAGUCUGGUACUAAGCACUCCAAUGUUAGCACGUGCAUCCCAAGGAGCUUCCUCCUCCUGGGGCCGUGUGACUUAGAGAUCUGUAUUUACAACUCCUCCCUCCUCUUUUUUUCAUUGUGUUCAGACCAAUUUCCACGUGGCCCUGUUUGAUUUCCAAGUGACAUUUUUAGCUCAAAUAGUCUUGUGAUGUGGUGACUUAGAAUUUUUUUGUUUUGGUUUUGUUUUUGAUUUUUUUUUUCCAAGUGGGAUAAACUGCCACCUUUGUUUCUGCCCAGCCCUUCACUGUUCUUUGAAUGUCUGUUUGGAGAUGGAAAUAGUCCAUAUUUAAAAGUGCAAAACUCUUCCAUGAAAUGUUCUGCUCUCACCCUUGCUCCCAGAGGGAGAUAUUUAAUGGCAGGUAACCUGAGUACAGCAUGAGGAGCAGCCAGAGAGUUCCUGGUUUGUGGUGAGUUGGGAUUUGUGGCUUCUGCAGGGCAUUCCUUUGUUCUGUCUUAACAAACAUGAAUUAAAGCCUGCCCAGAAGCUGCAGUCAGGCCCUGUGCUGGGGCAUUCAGCACUUACCUGUUGAUUUUCCAUUUUAGGGGCUCUCUGGCCCUUGUAGCUCUGUUGUCCUCCAGCUGUACAUGUCAGUCUUACAGAAUCCUUCUUGACACAGGUUGCAACUUCCUGGUUCUUUAUUAAUUAAGACUUCCCAUAAUUUACAAAGCUGGAAUGGUUUUGACUAAUAAUUACAAUGUGAUUCUCCCUGGACAAAUUGGGAUGUUGCAAAGGCUGGUGUGCAAGAGAGGUGUUGGCACCUGGUUACAUCCAGGUGCCUGGGGCCGUGGUUCUGCUCAGCAAUAAUAUUCUUCCCAUUGCAAGGCUGACUGAAAUAUUUCCUUUUGUGCUGUAAGAAAAACUACUUAUAAAAUCCUGCAGUUUGCUAGGAUAUCUGUUGGUUAUUAUAAA